AUGACCGUUGUAAGGGUGUACAUUGUCCGUCAUGGAGAGACGGACGAAAACAGGCUUGGAAUCAUGCAGGGACAAGUGGAUACGAAACUGAAUGCUGCCGGCAUCGAACAGGCACAACUAGCUGCAAGCGCACUAGAGGUGGUGCCGUUCAAAAGGGCGCAUAGCAGCGAUCUGGAGCGGGCAGCCAAGACUGCUGAAAUCAUACUCGAGAAACACCCCAAUGUUCUGCUGGUACGUAGUGUAGCGUUGAGAGAACGACACUUAGGCGACUGGCAAGGACAAAAGCUCGUCGGACGCGGGUCGAAGGCCCCUGCUAAUGCGGAACCAUUGACUCAGUUCACCGCACGGGCCACAAAGUGGUGGCGUGCCACGAUUCUGCAAUACGUCAGCACGUUGAAGGCAUCGGGACAUCGAAGCGGGCCCCCUUCAUGCGUCCUCGUCGUGUCCCACGGAGGCUACAUCUCGCGCCUCCUCGCGACCCUGCUUGAGUCUGGCCACGUUAGAUGCGAGGAUGGAGUGCAGGUCAGCGGGAAGUGCUGGAACGCAUCGAUUUCCGUCGUCGAAGUGGAUGAGAAAGGGCAGGGCAUUCUGGUCAGCUAUUCAGAUACCACGCACUUGGAGACGGGCUUUGUCAAGAUCAACGCAGAUAUCUUUGAUCCCCAAGAUCUCAAAGAGCGUAAUUAG